AUGUGGUGGUGGCUGCUUGGCUUACUGAGCUGUGCAUUGCUGAUGGUGGUCAUCCUCCUUUUCUUGAUCACUGGGCAACGGUACAAGGUGUUCAGCGAGAAGUGUGUGAGACCACCAGGACCUUUAGUCACUGACAGCAGAGAGAGGGAUGACAGGCUGAAGAGAGGAUUUGGUCCAGACAGAGUACCUCCUGCUUUGGAUGCAGUUGUGAUUGGAAGUGGAGUGGGAGGUUUGACUGCAGCUGCCCUUUUGUCCAAAGCUGGGAAAAGAGUUGUAGUUCUGGAGCAACACGAUCAGGCUGGGGGCUGCACACACACCUUUGAGAAUAAGGGAUUUGAGUUUGAUGUGGGUAUCCAUUACCUGGGCCAGCUACAUGAAAACAGCCUAUUGAAGGUUGCCUUGGAUCAGAUCACAGAUGGGCAGCUACAGUUCACACGCCUGGAGCAGCACUUUGACACCCUGAUUCUUGGUCAGCAUGAUGAGCGAAGGGAGUAUCAGAUCCAUGCAGGGAAGACUGAGAUGGCAGCCAGCCUGAAGAAGCAGUUCCCAGGAGAAGAGGACUCCAUUGAUGAGUUCAUGAGAUUAAUGAAGCUAGCCUCAAGACGGACACCCCUCCUUGCCAUCUUAAAAAUGAUACCGUAUUGGCUGGUGAACUUUCUGGUCCAGACAGGCUUAUUACAUCGCAUAUCAUCAGUGUUCCGCCUGGCAGAAACCAACCAUUCAGAAAUAAUGUCCCACCUCACACAGAACAAGGACUUGAAGGCUCUGUCUGCCUACCUCUUCUAUGGUGUCCCACCUAAAGAAUCCAGCUUUCUCAUAAAUGCACUCCUUCUUCACCACUACAAGCGUGGUGCAUACUACCCUCGAGGGGGCGCCAGCGAAUUUGCAUUUCACAUCAUCCCUGUCAUUCAGCAGGCAGGGGGAGCUGUGCUUGUCAGGGCACCUGUACAGCGCAUCCUGCUUAACCAGCAUGGGAAGGUCCAAGGUGUGACAGUGCGUAAAGGACAAGAAGAGUUUGAGGUCUGCGCCCCUGUUGUCAUUUCCAAUGCUGGAAUCUUCAACACGUUCCAAAAAUUUCUGCCUCAACACAUACAGGACAAACCAGAGAUUCGGUCUCUGCUGGGUAUGGUGCGUCAUGGUAUGGGUUCUUUCCUGGUCUUUGUUGGUCUAGAUGGAACCAAAGAGGAACUAGGGAUUGUUUCCACCAACUUCUGGAUGUAUAAAGACAAUGACUUGGAUGUACUUAUGAAGCAGUACUCUUCCCUGAGCAGAGAGGAAGUAUUGGGCAACAUUCCCAUGAUGUUCAUCACCUUCCCAUCUGCUAAAGAUCCUACAUCCAACAUCAGGCAUCCAGGCAAGUCUUGUAUGACUUUGCUAACCAUGGCACGCUAUGAGUGGUUUGAAGAAUGGGAGGGGACAAAGCUCGGCAAAAGGGGAGAGGACUACAUGAGUCUGAAGAACAGCAUGGCCCAGGAGCUGCUGGACUGGGCACUUACAAUUUUCCCUCAACUGCGAGACAAGGUGGUGAUGAUUGACGCAGCCACUCCUCUAACUAAUGUCCAUUAUUUGGGUGCUCCUCGAGGAGAAAUGUAUGGUGCUGAACACAAUUUGGAGCGUUUCACCCCUGAAACAAUUGCUAGGACACGACCACAGACACCCGUUGAUGGACUUUACUUAACAGGUCAGGACGUAUUCUGUAACGGUAUGGCUGGAGCCCUGCAUGGUGGGCUGCUUUGUGCCUCUGCGGUUCUCAAUCAGAUCCUCUAUAUUGACCUCCUUGCCCUUAAAAUGCGCCUCAAACACAAACAGACCAAUUCUAAGUUGAUCUGGUAG